AUGUCUCCGACAGCAGUCGCUUCGUCAUUGUUUCUCGUGGAGUUUUCCGGCGUAAGGAGGAUCGAUGAAGUCAACAUCACAUUUCCCGCAGGAGCCGUGGGAAAUGAGGGAUUUUUCAUUUCCAUUUCUAAUCUCUCCAGUUUAUUCAGUGGACAAAUCUGUUACCGCUCAAAGUUAAACACCAUUCCCUUACAAUCUGACACCUAUCCCUGCAUUGGAAAAGGGAGAUAUUUGACAGUGUUUAACACUCAGAGGACGGCCACCAUCGACUUUGAUAUCUGUGAGGUCGCCGUUACAGGCUGUCCCUAUCAAAGAUACGGAUUCGACUGUUCCCAGACGUGUGAUUGCCCGGACGAAUGUGAUUACGAAACUGGACAAUGCAUUAGUUACAAACCAGUCUGUGACGUCACUGGACGCUGGGGAGAAGACUGUAAGGAGGUGUGCGGAUUUUGUAAAAAUGGCGCGGAUUGUGACAAAACUACAGGGGCGUGUCCAUCAGGCUGUGCUGCUGGAUACAGAUCGAGCACGUGUACAGUGGAAUGUAUAUCCGGUACCUUUGGUGAGGACUGUACCAUUAGUUGUGGUAAUUGUGUCAACAGCCGCUGUAACCCCGUGACAGGGGCCUGUGACAGCGCUGGAUGUCAGACCGGCUUUGUAGGGCCUACUUGUUUUAACAUCAACAAUUUUAACAACAAUCUACAAGAUAACUUGCUAAACACGUGGGAGGGAAAUGUAGCGACGGGCUCGAUCACGUAUGCUGUAUCAGGCUUAUAUGACAACAACCUAGUUUCUUGUGCCUACCAGAACGCCCCUUUCUCCAACACUAUCGGUUCUACAGUAUUUAAUUUUCAACUGACAACGGAGAGAGUACUCAGAGAAAUAACCUUAACAUUUAGUACCCAAGCAAGUGCAGCAUCCAAUUAUGCCGGAUUUACCGUAUCUAUAUCUGACGGCACCAAUCAACAAACCUGCUUUACCUGGACCUCGACUGGUGUCCCGGAGUACGUACAAACCAUUCCUUGUGUGGGCCUGGCAAAGUCCAUGACCAUCACCAAUGAACGAAGAAGUGGAGUGACAUAUCCCUCAGCCUGGGGACCCAAUCCUGGUCUAGGAUUUUGUGAGGUUUUGGCGACAGGUUGUCCAGCGGGAAAAUAUGGCGCUUAUUGUGAAAAGUCGUGUAUUUGCCAGGUUUGUGACUAUGUCACUGGGGCAUGCCCUAACAUCGAUCAGAAUUGUAGGAAUAGAAUGUACGGCGUGAACUGUUUAGAACAAUGUGGGAACUGUAAGGAUAAUGAGGCCUGUAACAUAGAGACAGGGGCGUGUCCUAAUGGCUGUACCGCGGGCUACAAUGGAACACUCUGUAAAGACGCUUGCCUGGCAGGACAUUUCGGAGAAAAUUGUUUGCAGUCAUGUUCUCAGUUUUGUAAAAAUAACAGAGUUUGUGAUUCCGUGACCGGAAGUUGUCCAGAAGGAUGUUCCCCUGGAUACCUAGGCUCCACGUGCAAUCAACCAUGUGAAAAUGGCACCUAUGGUCAGGAUUGUCUUAACAACUGUAGCAGAAAUUGCCAAGACAACGCAUGCAAUUACGUUAGCGGAAUUUGCACCAAGGGAUGUAUUAUAGGAUAUCAGGGGGAUAAAUGCUUAAGUGGUAUCCAUUUCAUUGAAAUUAACAUAACAUUAUUGUGGAUAUAUAAUCAUAUUUUGAUACUAGUAUCAAUUUCUUUGAAAAUAACAUUUAAUGUUUGUGGAUAUGUAUUUAUUACCAUUUACUUCUUUGAUGAGAAAGCAUGUGAUAAUGGUAAAUACGGACAAGACUGCAAUGAAACUUGUAGCAGAAAUUGCCGAGACAACUCGUGUCAUAUCGUUAGUGGAAAUUGUACCAAAGGGUGUAUAAUAGGAUAUCAAGGGAAUUUCUGCUCAGCUGAGUGUUCUCGAGGAACAUAUGGGCAGGACUGUACCAUGCAGUGUAAUAUCAAUUGUAUCAACUCCACGUGUAACCACAUAGAUGGCACUUGUACUCUCAAUAAUUCCGACAAUGGGACGAUAAUAGUAGAGCCAAUUGUGUCAGCAGGGCUGUCUACGGACGAUCUGGCCAUGCUCAUCUGUCUGGUGCUGGGAGUCAUCACACUUAUCGUCGCUGUCGUCUUUAUUGUCAUCGCCGCCAGGGCCCAUAAACGUUUUAAACAAGAAGCAGAGGAAUAUCAAGAGGAAGAGGAAACACGCAGUGUCAGCAAAAACAGUCAUGAUGCCCUGCCAGCUACACCAAACAACAGACAAACCAGAUCUGAAGACCACUUGAUGCACGUGCAAGGUACCCCCAAUUGGCCGUUUCUCAGCCGUCCGAAACCCGCUCCCCCUGUCGUGGCGGACGACAGCAGCCUCUAUUUCGGCGUUGAUGACGUACCCUCGAAGACCGAAGAUUACUACAAUGCUAGUGUGUUUGCCUGUGGAAUACCUAUACCGGAAUUAAAGAAUGUCAUCAAAACUGACCAGAAGCGGAUAGAAGAAGAAUACAAAGAAUUGCAAAAGGGAGUUAUUCAUCCUUGUAAACUUGCCAACAAGCCAGAAAAUAAGCCAAAGAACAGAUACCUUACAGUUUUACCAUAUGACCAUUCGAUUGUCGAACUGGCACCUCUUUCUGGAAAGCCAGACACUAAGUACAUCAAUGCCAACUACAUAGAUAGUACCCUGGAGGAUAAGGCUUAUAUUGCAACGCAAGGACCAAUGACGUCGACUAUUGGGGAUUUCUGGAGACUAGUGUGGCAGACCUAUUCUGGCAAAAUCGUAAUGCUAACAAAGCUUAAGGAGAAAAAUAAGAUAAAAUGUGCCCAAUAUUGGCCAAAUAAAGGAUCGACUUUAGAGUUUGGGCUGUACAGAAUAGCAGUCCAAGCAGAAAAGAAACACGUCACUUACGUACAAAGGGCCCUUCGACUGGAAGACAUGACGACCAGUGAGUGUCGAACCAUCCACCACUUCCACUACAUGGCCUGGCCCGACCACGGGACUCCUGAUCACGUGCAACUUGUUGCGUUCCAUCGUCACGUGACUUCUGAAGCGACAGAUUUCAUAGGUCCUAUGGUUGUACAUUGCAGGUAUAGUAUUGGGAGGACUGGAACCUUUAUCGCCCUGGACUCCCUCCUGAAGCAGGCUAAACUGACCAAUCAGGUACAGGUGUUCAACUUCAUCAAGCUGAUGAGGAAGGACCGCAUGAACAUGAUCCAGACAAAGGAUCAGUAUCUGUAUGUUUAUCAUACAAUUUAUGAAGCACUCAAUCACAAAAACACAACCAUAAAGAGGAAAGAUUUUCCAAAAGAAUUUUUUAAACUCGAAGAUCCGUCUAACAAGUCAGUGAAAAGGACUUUAAAAGAAUUUCAAAUACUACAAGACAUGAGGGGUGUUUUCACUGCUGAUAACCUUAAUCCUAAACCUAAACGGAAAGGUAUAAAGGCCGCCAAAGGCCGAGAUAGCGCUAGUACUGGGAAACUUCAAACAAUUAAAAUACCGGCGUACGGGGAGAGCCGAGGAUUUCAGCUGGUACAGUCUUUGAUGCCGACAAUGGACGUGGACUUGUGGAACUUCGUCAUGACGUCAGAAGCAGCUGUUGUCGUGUCUGUGGACAAACAGUCAAGCGAUAUUCUGGGGAGUUUUCUGCCUACAGCCGGUGAGACCCGUGUGACCAGUUAUAUGGCAAUUUCCAUCUCCAGCUCUGCCAUCAACGAAAACGUCAACGCAUCAGAUUCAGUAGUGGAAAUCACAAACAGAAACACAGAACAGAGUGACGAGAUCACCGUGAUAAGAUGUUGUAUUGAUGGAAAGAAAUCAAAAAUGACCGCCUCGGAAAUGGCGAAUCUGGCAGUGCUAAUUGAACACACGGAAAAGGCCAGCUCACUCACUGGAGAAACUAUUGUUCUGAGCAGUGACGGAAUAUCAGGUCCGGGAUUAUUAUGUGCCGUAUCUUACGCUAUACAAGACGCAAUUAUAGAGAAGUCUGUAGACAUAUUCCAAACCAUUCGACAGUUCCAUAUAAGGAAUCCAAAGUUCAUUGCGACUCAGGAGGACUACGAUUUUUGCUACCAAUCGGUCAAUGAAUUCAUGCUGACGGACAACGAUUAUGCCAAUGUAGAAAAGGACCAAGAAUAGCCUCUAGGAUCCUUGACAAUUCUUCUCAUUUUUUAAAUAAUUUGAAAUGAAGUGCUUUUAUAUAUU